AUGUCGAAACUCACCGUCAACACGGACCUCAGCGACUCGGAGGACGAGGUGCUGCAGAAAAACGAAGAGUCGCUGGACGACUACUGUCCCGGAGGCUACCAUCCCGUGAAGAUCGGCGAGAAGUUUGCCAACGGCCGCUACGUGAUUGUGCGCAAGCUGGGCUGGGGACACUUCUCGACCGUGUGGCUCGCGCGGGAUACGCAGAACAACGACCGCCACGUGGCCAUGAAGGUGGUGCGGUCGGCUUCCCACUACACAGAGACGGCCAUUGACGAAAUCAAAAUGCUGGAGCGGGUGAGCAGCAAGAACCCCGACCAUCCAGGCAAGGCCCAUGUCGUGGGCCUGUACGACAGCUUCAAGCACGUGGGCCCCAACGGCACACACUACUGCAUGGUGUUUGAGGUGCUGGGCGAAAAUCUGCUGGGUCUCAUUCGACGACACCAGUUUGCCGGCAUCCCCGUCAAGCUCGUCAAGCAGAUCACAAAGCAGGUGUUGCUGGGCCUGGACUACCUGCACCGCGAAUGCGGCAUUGUGCACACCGACCUCAAACCUGAAAACGUGCUCAUUGAGAUUGGCGACGUGGAGAAGAUGCUUAAGCUGGCCGAGGAGGAGGAUCGCGCGGCGGUCGAGACGAAAAAGACCAAACCCGGGUCCAGAACCGGUCGUAGAUCGCGACGACAAUCUCUCAUCACCGGCUCCCAGCCACUCCCUUCUCCUCUGCGCUCCAACGCGUCCUUCUUCAACGAUCUCACCAUGACCAAGAUGGUGGAGGAGGUUCGACUCGACGACGACCACGAGAAAAAGACCAGCAACCAGCUGUCCAAGAGCCCCACAUCGGUAUCGCCCACCAAGCCGAGAACCGCGCUGGCCGAGGAGCUCAUCAGCGUCAAAAUCGUCGAUCUCGGCAACGCGUGCUGGGUCGAGCAUCACUUCACCAACGACAUCCAGACGCGACAGUACCGGUCACCCGAGGUGCUGCUGGGCUCGUUCUGGGGCGCCAGCAGCGAUAUCUGGUCCAUGUCGUGUUUGGUGUUUGAGCUAUUGACCGGCGACUAUUUGUUCGAGCCCCAGACCGGCUCCAAGUACUCCAAGGACGACGACCACAUUGCGCAGAUCAUCGAGUUGCUCGGCAAGAUCCCUACCAGCGUGCUGCAGACCGGCAAAUGGACGUCAGAGUACUUCAACGACAAGGGCGAGCUCAAGAAGAUCUCCAAGCUGAAGGACUGGCCACUGGAGGCAGUUCUGCAUGAGAAAUACAACCAUAGCAAGGAGGAGGCCAAGUUGCUGGCCAGCUUUCUGCUGCCAAUGCUGCAGAUGGAUCCCCAACAGCGAGCCGAUGCGGGCGGCAUGAGCAAUCAUCGGUAUUUGGACGAUGCCAGUGGUCUGUCUGAUAUCAAGGUGGAUCGAAAGUGUGGCAGGAGUGGUAUUGAUAUUGUUGGAUGGGCCAGUGAAGCCAAGUAA